AUGGGAAAUGGCAUGAACAAGGUCAUGCCCGGGCUAUAUAUUGGCAACUAUCGGGACUCCAAAGACUACCAGCAGCUCGACCGAUACGGCAUAACGCACAUCGUCUCCAUCCACGACAGUCCGCGCCGGUUUCAUCCGGACAAGCACUACCUGUGCGUGAUAGCGGCGGACAAGCCCGACCAGAACCUGUCCCAGUACUUCUCGGUGUGCAACGAUUUCAUCCACUCGGCGCGCCUCAAGCAGGGCAACGUGCUGAUCCACUGUCUGGCCGGGAUGUCCCGCUCGGUGACGGUGGCCGUCGCCUACAUCAUGGCCGUCACGCCGCUGAACUGGAAGGAAGCGCUCAAGGUGGUACGUGCCGGUCGCUCGAUAGCCAACCCGAAUCUGGGCUUCCAGAAUCAGCUGCAAGACUUCGAGACCAGCAAACUGUUAGAGGAACGAAAACGGCUCAAAGAACGAUUUCCCAGCCUGGCACUGGAAGGGACAGACCGCGAGCAGUGCUAUCUGGCGCUGGACUACUAUGAGGAGCUGCUCGUUAGCAAGGAUGUGUGCGAGGGUCACUGCAAGUUCGGUAAAGACUGCCCCACGGGGAUCUGCCGAACGGAGUCACGCGGAGGCAUGCGAUCCUCCCGGAAGUCGAGUCUUUCGUCCAAAAAGCAAUACAACACCUCCCUCUCGACGUCGCCAUCGACCUCGUCCCAGCUGUCGGUGCGCAGCAUGGGACUUCCACCGAGCAGUGGCGGCGCCCAGUCCUGCCCGACGUCUCCACGCUGCUCGAAGGCGCUGACCCAGCGGCAGGGAAGCGGUGGCGCCAACCGGAACCCGGACAAUCCCCGAGCGGCUGGCGAGUACGCGGCUGAGAUCGAUCUGGGUGAAAUCUCCGAGCUACGACGGAGCAGCAGCAUCGUCAGUACGUUUCGUCCGCGGAGCAGCCCGGCGGGACUGUAUUCCUAUACUGGGUCAGCACCACCGUCCAUCCAUGGUUCCAGGGUUGACUUGAGUGGCAGCGGAGGCACCGGGUCCGCCAUCUACCUGGGUUCCUCGAGCGGCAGUGGUGGAUCAGGCACGGGAGGAAGCGGAACGGCAGGAGGCAGCUCCCCCGGCCCAUGCCGACGGUUGAGUAUGCGAACAACACCCAAAUCAACGCCCGAAUCAUCCCCCAAAGCAUCGCCCAAAAAGAGUGCAUCCGGGAAAACGGGAGCGGGUGCGUCGAAGGGAACCACCGGAAGUAACGCCUCGCCGAAGAAGCCGAACACCGGAAGCGACCGGACGCCGGCGACGGGCACCACCAAUACCGCGCCAACGUCCACAACCGCCAAGAAGGAGGAUAAACCGUGCAAACUGACCUCAAAAACCACCGUCCCAAGUAAUGCCAGUACUAGCGCCACUGUCGCUACCACUACGUCCACCACGACCAAUAACAACAACAACAACAAUAGCAGUAGCAACCGUAGCUCCGCAAACCGGCCGACAACCACACGUGCACCAUCGAUUGUGAUAGAUAUUUCCACGACCACCACCGUUGGCCAUACGCCGGCCAAGGCCAAGGACGACGGGCUGCCUGCGGGGAACGGGCAGGGAAAGGCGGGCGGGGCCGCCAUCGCCAACAGCCUACCAGCAGCCGUCAGCAACCGACAGCAAGCGAAUGCGAACGGCAGGGCUGUUAGAAAAGAAUAAAUUGACAGCUGUUUUGUUUAUCAGCUUUUUUCCCUCCCCUCUAUUUUAUGUCGGACAUUUUUCCGGCGAUAUUUUGAUGGAACCAUUCCGAACGGAAUAUCUCUCCUUUCGCGUUGCUUAAAAAUAUAAAUUAAACGCGGACCAUGCAAUAAGUCAUGCUGGUGAGCUAUAAAAAGAAUAG